GACUUCAAUCUAUUCUAUCUCCAUUAUCUAUCUCUUAUUGAACUAUCUCCAGCUUCCUUGAUUGACGAGGCGCAAACUUUCAGAAAGUUCUCCGAUCAAUCGUUUUCUGAUCUUUACCUGGCUUUCGAGACUCGACUCAAAUUGACUGCUGGCCAAUAACUUUGAAAAUUUGAAGAUUCCCAGAGCGCGAUCAAGGCUUCAAGAUGCUACCUCUUAAACUCCUUCUUCUUGGAAUGUGGUCAGUAUCAGUAUCUGCUUUCGGCUGGAAGUCCAAAGUUGUCGACGAUUCCACUCCUGGCCAGCGACAAAUUGGAAGAAAUCAACGGCAAAAUACUAAGUCAGAACUAGUGAAUGCUCGAUCUCGCAACAAUGAACUGUACUCCAGUGCAAUGCUUGAGUUGAAGAGAUUAGAAGAAGAGCCCAUUUGCCAUCGAGUAGCUGCACAGCUCUUGAUGAGUAAUUGCGAAGGUUUGGAGGACAUUAAUCAACAUGAAUAUGAUUUGUAUAGUGGUCGGGUUCAGAGGCACUACGUGGAGAGCCUUGCUGCAAGCCUCGCUAUUUGUGAUAUGGAACGUAGUAGUAUGGUUGUUCCUGAUGCUUGCGAGUCUUUUCGACUUCCAUCUCUGUUACGCGCUUCGCAAGAAGCAGAAGGAAAAUUACAAGUAUCGCAGAAUGAGGUUGGUGCCUGCUUGAAAGGACUUGGUAAAGACCCUUCCCAUUGGUUGAGUUGGACUAGUUAUCGGGAUAAUUGUCUUUUGAUCUGUCAAGCUGCUCGAUCUGACAUUGACAAAGAUCAAUCUAUUCUUCUACAAAAAAAGCUUGUGGAGAUCAUGAACCAAUUUGCGGCAGACCUCGAGAACGACCUUAAUGAUCUGAAGCAAAACAUGGUAGAUCAUUCAAGAGCAGCAGAUUCCUAUUUUGAAGGGGUCAUGACGCAGGCUGAGACACUCAAGACCAAGGUUGAAGGAGCAUUCGAGGUCAUUUCAUCAGAGGCAUUGGAUGUUGCUAGUGCGCUUCGAUCAAUACUUGGCAGUACUGGCGAUAUUCAACGAGUGAUGAAGAAUGUCGUCGAUACUGUUCUUCAAAGCAACGCAGAGAUGGCCGCUGCACAAGAACAGGCUCUUGUGGCCACAUCUGGAAAUGCAAAAUCAAGAUUGGAAAACAUCAACGCAUUAGCAGAAAAUGCCGAAUCGUCCUUCGAGAGACUGACUUACGCAAUCGAUCUCUUGAUUCCUGUGAUCACAUCCAUGAGCGAUAGACAGGACACUUUGGACCAGAGGUUCGAUACACUGAGCAAUGUGGUCGUGAAUAUGACCACUUUAAUCCAAGAUCACUCGGAAAGUCUUGAGCAAGCCAGCUUUACAGCAACUGGUAUUCGAGAAAGUCUUGGGAAAGCCGCUGAGGCUGCGAAUUCAUGGAACGGUAUCAUGAGUAUGGGUGAGCCAUUUGUUAACAAUGCUCUUCGAAUACUCUUGCCUCCGGUUACUCUCUUCUUUGGUAGUCAUGGUCUUCCGCCAUCUUUGUUUCGCAAUCUUGGUCUCUUCAUUGGCGGUUGGGCAGUAGCAGAAACCACGAUACAAUUACGCCAAAUCGAGCACUGGAUUCCACGAAUUCAAAGACCAAGAGCAUUAACACAACUGGCACGAGAUAGAGUACUACAAGAGGAAGCACAAAUUAUCUUCAAGGCUUCUACUACAUUGCACAAUGAUAUCAAUUCAAGCAAUGGAAUCCGCUCGAGCGAGAUGAAGUAGAAUUGAAAGGUUUGUGUGAUUGUUCGACGCCUUCACCGACUCAAACGAACCUUUUCGGUCAUCUCUAACGACAAAAUUAUUAAUUCUCAUCGGAGUCAUUAUGACUUUCUAAUUUACGACUUUACGAAUAUUCUGUGGACAGCUAACACAUGGAUGGAAUGGGUAACAACUAUCGCUAUUUAUCAAACAGUAACUAUUUUUGAAGGGGCUUUGCAUUUUCUGGAGCUUGCAAGACGUGGAGCUGUAAUUGAACGAAUGAAUGGGAUGCAUACUAGCAUAUAUAUUUUUAGGUGCGAAAAGCUAGGAGGACUUUGACUUCCGAAGCAGUUCUCGGGUACCGAGCAACAACAUAUGGGAAAAGGGGAACUUAUCUGUAAAUACAAAUUAUUAUUUGGCUCAAUCUCUCAGGGGCUCA